AUGAGGGCGAUUUUCCCACUCAACAGGCCUGAGGCGCCUGUAGUUGAGAAACAACCCGCGAUUGGAGAUGCAGAGGUUGGCAGAGAGGGCGGAACUGUCUCUGACACUGAGAGCGAGGGCAUUUCGAAAGAAGCCCAAGCCGGUGUGCAGAAUAUGGAGGCCACAACAACCGUCUGGUCCACAUCUCACUUGAUUGCAGCAUAUGUUUUGAUUUGGGUCAUCGCCUUCAUAGAGUCCAUGCAGUCGGGCAUGGGGUUCGCCUUGGACCCCUUUGUGACUAGCAGUUUCCAAGAACAUUCGUUGACUGCCGCGACGAGGAUCAUGUCGAGUCUUAUCGGUGGUCUUGUCAAAUUGCCACUGGCCAAGGUCCUUGACAUUUGGGGCCGUCCACAAGGGUUUUUACUCAUGAUCGUCAUGUUGACUCUCGGUCUCAUUAUGAUGGCUGGGUGUGACAGCGUUCAGACCUAUGCGGCUGCUCAAGUAUUUUAUAUGGUUGGGUUUAACGGUUUGACAUACACCAUUUCCAUUUUCAUCGCGGAUACGUCAGCCUUGAAAAAUCGAGCUCUGAUGCUCGCGUUCUCGUCCUCUCCCUAUAUUGCGACAACCUGGAUCAGCGGCCCGCUUGCAAAUAGUUUCUUAGCUGGACCUGGUUUCAGAUGGGCAUUUGGCGCCUUUUCUAUCAUUACCCCGGCUAUCACUCUACCUCUGUUUGCUUUAUUCGCCUUCAACUAUAGCAAAGCGAAGAAGGCUGGAUUGGUGCCAGAGAGAAAAAGUAACCGCACGUUUUUGGAAUCCGCAAAAUACUACUUCAUUGAAUUUGACGUGAUCGGUUUGCUCCUUAUAACCGGUGGCCUCGCAUUAUUCCUUCUGCCGUUCAGUCUUUACUCUUACCAAGCGAACGGCUGGAAAUCGCCACUUGUUAUCUGCCUAAUCAUAUUUGGCGGUCUCCUGCUGAUUGCAUUUGCCGUGUACGAAAAGUUCUUCGCCCCCGUCACCUUUAUUCCAUUCGACCUUUUGAUGGACCGCACUGUUCUUGGAGCCUGUAUCCUCGCGGCCGUCCUUUUCAUCAGUUUCUACAUCUGGAACAGCUAUUUCUUCUCGUUCCUUCUCGUCGUUACGAACCUUUCUGUCAGGGAUGCCAGCUAUAUCCAAAACAUUUACAGCAUCGGCUCCUGCUUUUGGUCUUUACUGGUUGGUGUUCUAGUCCGUUGGAGUGGCCGUUUCAAAUGGCUGGCCCUGUGGUUCGGUGUGCCAUUCACGAUCCUUGGCGUGGGCUUGAUGAUCAAAUUCCGCCAACCAGAUGUCAAUAUCGGCUACAUCAUCAUGUGCCAGAUCUUCAUCGCGUUCGCCGGUGGUACGUGCGUUAUUUGCGAGCAGAUGGCGGUCAUGGCUGCUACUUCUCACCAAUACGUUGCGGUCGUCCUCGCCGUCGAGUCUAUGUUCGCCAACAUCGGCGGUGCGAUUGGAAGCACCGUUGCUGCAGCCGUCUGGAGUGGCACCUUUCCGAAGAAACUUGCCGAAUACCUGCCUCCUGAAGCUCAAGGCAACCUCGCGUCAAUCUACGGGGAUGUUCGAGUGCAGCUGAUAUACCCCAUGGGGACUCCAACUAGAAGUGCCAUUAACCAGGCGUACGGCGAUGCCCAAAAGUUUAUGCUCAUUGGUGCUACUGCUAUUCUGAGUUUGGGGUGGGCGGCAACCGCGAUCUGGAAAGAUCUCAAAGUUAAGGACUUCAAGCAAGUCAAGGGCCGUGUUGUAUAA